AUGAGCGUCAAUGGACUCGCGAAAUCAGACUACUACACCCAAAUGGCUCUGAACAUUGAAGAGUUUACCCAGAAACUCGCAAAGUACCAGGGAUUCAUGGACAGGAUGGUCCAGCAGCACAAGACACUGUCCACUAUGGCCAUCUGGCACUCUGCACAGUUCAUGGCCGUCUCGAAGCUCGUCGAUCAGGAAGCAGAUCAACAAGAAGGGCAGGAUCAAACGUCGUCAUAG